GCUCUCAUCAGCCAUGUCUGAAUCAUGCACACCUAUUCACGAUAUCUUCACAGACGUGCUCACCGGCGGACUGUGCGUCGGUCUCGUCAUAUCAUACCUUCCACAGCAUCUAAGGAUCAUCCUUGCCAAGUCGUCUGAGGGGUUCAGUCCGUGGUUUCUCUUGCUUGGCAGCCUGUCAGCCGCUUCAGGGAUGCUGAACAUGUACGUCCCUGUGCGUUACGUAUAUAACACUUCGAUGACGAUGUGUAGCGUGGUCAUGCAAUGGGGUAUCAUCAAAUGCUGUCGAGUUCUGAGCGUCGGCGACUGUAUCGAAUCUACUGCGGGAGUCUUCCAGCUAGCUUUGCAAUGGGCCUGCUUUACGAUGAUAUUAGUAUUAUACAUGAUUUAUUACCCGGCUCAUCUAAAGUAUGCCACUGUCGACCUGGACUCGUACGAUAAUCGGCCUCCUCAACACAUCAAAACCGGUGUCAAGCGUGAUGAAUGGCGUCUGUCCAUUACAUUGGCCUGGGUUGUCCUCUUGUAUACCCUCUUGAUACUGUUCAUUACGUUCAUCCUCUUGGGAACGCGGCCGCCCCCGAGUACACCGCGAAAGUUUGAUGCAGUUGACCUAUGGGCUACAUUCCUCGGCAUCACCUCCACACUUUUAGCUGCAUUCCAGUAUCUGCCGCAGAUUGUCCACACCUACCGUCACAAGCUCGUUGGGGCCUUAAGCAUUCCAAUGAUGCUCAUACAAACGCCAGGUGCUAUCCUCAUGGUGUUAAGCAUUGCUCUUCGGCCUUCGACGAAUUGGACAACUUGGUCUCCUUACGCUGCUGCUGGUAUCCUUCAGGGCAUCCUUCUCGUCAUGUGUCUUUGCUGGACAGUCCGUCAAAAGAGGCUGGGCAUCGAUGAUUUUGGCAAUCUAAUCUCUGGGGCCUCGACAACGGCCGACCGCAACCCGCAGCUGCAGGAUUCUCCUAUACCCGUGACGCAGGGGCCUGCAGGCGAUAUUCUCGUGCAAGAGGCAGUCAACGAGGCCGUGCAUAGUGAUGUUCGCACCCCGAGCCCUGAGCCUGCUCCUCGUGACAGUGCACACGAAGAGACCCCGCUGUUAAAGAAAGAUAGCCCGGAAGACACGUCCAGGACUUGGUUCAGUUGGCUCGCUCCCAGGCGUCGCUAGUAUCUUAUUUUCUUACUCAGAGGGUUGUUACAGGGUCUUCAAUGUAUCUUAAAUAUCUAGCCCUUUUUGUCAAGGGUCUGCCGUAAUACUGAAUUUGUAUCUGCUUAAUGCU